UAUAAGAGAGGGGGAAAGAGGCUUUUGGCAAUCACUCCAGUCCGCCUUGGUUUUCACUCGCCUCAACGCAGAGCAAAGAAUAAAAAAAAAUGGCCUUCGCUGGUCUCAAUGAUGCUGAUGUCAAAGCUGCCCUGGAUGGCUGCGCAGCUGCUGACUCCUUCGACUACAAGAAAUUCUUCAAGGCAUGUGGUCUGGCUGGCAAGUCUGCCGAUGAUGUCAAGAAGGCCUUCGCCACCAUUGACCAGGACAACAGUGGCUUCAUUGAGGAGGAGGAGCUGAAGCUGUUCCUGCAGAACUUCUCUGCCAGUGCCAGAGCACUCACCGACAAGGAGACCAAGGCUUUCCUUGCCGCUGGUGACAGUGAUGGUGAUGGCAAGAUCGGAGUUGAUGAGUUUGCUGCCCUCGUAAAGGCAUAAAUCUCCACUGACCAACAUCCACUUCUUUUCAUGGAACCGCAAACUCCUCAAAGAUUCAUUAAUCAACAGCUGAAAGAAUAUUUUUUAUACCUUAUUUAUGAGCUGCCUGCGAACUGUUUCUCAACAUAGAAGACAUAUUUUGCUGUUAAUGUUACUCAAACUGUGUUAUGUGUUCAGAAAUGAUGACUUGUGCAAACUGUACAACACCAUCUGCACUUUUGAGGAAGAGUGAAAAACCAGGAAUAAAUACUCUUUUGGUGUGAA